CUUCUAGCAAAUCAACAACACAACGUUUGCUGACAUUGACUACAAGUUCUAAUAAUAUUUCAGAGAAAACUGUUUUCAAAAAUGCUUUCAUUAUUUUUCUUCUGUUAAAUACUAUCCUAUGAGGUUAAAAGUUCAUAGCAACCCCAUUUAUGAUUAUUAUUAGUCCUGUACUUUGCAUCAUAUUUCUUGCACACACACCAUUUGCAUGCCUUGUUUUGCACAUUGGCUUCUUAAUUUUAAUGUAGCUUUGUUGUGAACAACUGGAGAACUUCAAUUUUCCCCAGUUCUUUCUUUCCUUCCAUCUAUAUUUUUCUUUCCUUCUUUCUUUCCUUUAUAUUCCUUCCUUUCUUGCUUCCCAGGAUUUUGUCAGAUUAGACAACAAAAAAGAACAUUCUCAUACCAAAUAGUGACAAAAUGUUUUUAUGAUGUUUUGAGAAUGUCUCUUUUUAAAAUAUAGAUAUUUAUACUAUUAUAAAAAUUUUCUGUUAUGUGACAUGAUAACAGGUGGAACAUUUUUCCUGCAGUAUUCUGAGGAUGGUGCUGUUGAGAAAGUUCUUCUAGAAAAUGUUCUCACAGUAACAACAAAGGAAAGAUGUUCUCAGUGGUUAGGGUUAGGGUUAGGGCUAAAAAAUAAAUAAAAAUAACAGAACCACUCAUUGCAAUGCAGCAAAAUUAAGAAAAACAGCAUCUUUCAAGAACUUUGACAUGUCUUGAAGAAUAUUCUCGGAGCUUCCUGCUAAAACCUAGACUAGAACUUUGCAGAACUUUCUCAGAACCACUCUUUUUCUAGAACCAUGUCAGGACCAAGGCCCGUGGUGCUGAGCGGUCCAUCCGGCGCCGGGAAGAGCACCCUGAUGAAGAGGCUGAUGAAGGAUCAUGAAGGCGUCUUUGGCUUCAGCGUGUCACAUACGACAAGAAACCCUCGACCAGGAGAAGAAGAUGGCAAAGAUUACCACUUUACGACGAGGGAGGUCAUGCAGGAGGGCAUCGACAAGGGAGAGUUCAUUGAGAACGCAGAGUUUUCUGGCAACUUCUAUGGAACCAGUAAAGCCGCCAUAGAAGACGUUCGGGCCAAGAACCUGAUCUGCAUCCUGGAUGUGGACAUUCAGGGGGUGAGGAGGAUUAAAGAGACGGACCUGAACCCCAUCUACAUCUCCAUCCAGCCCCCGUCCAUGGAGAUCCUGGAAAAGCGUCUGAGGGACCGGCAGACAGAAACAGAGGAGAGUUUACAGAAGCGUCUGGAGGCGGCUCGGCUCGACAUGGAGCUCAGCAAGGAGCCCGGAGUGUUUGACGUCGUCAUCAUCAACGAUGACUUAGAGAGGGCGUACGAGGAGCUGAAAGAAAUCCUCAACGACGAAAUUCAGAAAGUUCAGACCAAAUCAUAGAAAGAAAAGCCAGACUUUGUGCUGCUGGACAGAAGAACCCAAGUUUGUGAUUCUGAUCCGACUGAGAAACGCCAGAAAUAAACCGACCUUCUGGAGAA